UUCUCUCUGUCGUCUGAGUUUUGUUUUCAGUAUCGUUUGUAAAAUCCGCGUACAGGUAAUAUGCGUGAAUUCGAAAAUUUCAGUCAUAUCACGUUAACGUGCUGAAUUUAGGAAUAGCCAUGCGUAAGGUAACGUGUCGGGUGUCAGCACGAUGACGCUGUUGCUGCGACGGUGCGCCUCGUGACCGACGGUUUGGAUUUUCGCGCUAAGUCGCUCAUGCCUAAGCCAAGCUACAAAGCCGUCGUAAAUCUGCAAUGUUUCGCGCGUCGUGAACGAUCGCAACAUGUUUGUGACGAAUCUAGAGAAGGAUUUCUACGAUGUGAUACAAAGAAGCAGAUGUUUACUUCUGGUAAACUUUGAUAUUGAUGCAAUCUGUGCCUGUAGAAUAUUACAACAACUUUUUAAAAAUGAUCACGUGAUAUAUACUCUUGUACCUGUCCGAGGCAUUCAAGAUAUGAUCAAUGCUUUCGAAGAAAACUGCGAAGAGAUAAGGAAUGUUAUCAUGAUAAAUUGUGGUGGUACUUUAGAUUUAGUAGAAUUACUCCAACCAGAUGAAUCUGUGGUAUUUUUUAUUCUUGACAGUCAUAGGCCUUAUGAUUUAUGCAAUAUCUAUUCAGAAAAUCAGACAUGUAUUCUUGGUAAACCUGAUGAAGAAAAUGAAAUCCCAGAAUAUAAUGAUAUAUUCCGAGAUGAUAGUACAGAUGAGGAAGAUACAGAUGAAGGAUCAGACAAUGAAAAUGAAAGUGGACAGAGCAAAAGACGAAGAUUAAAUGAAGAAGAUAUUUUAAGGCGAAGUGAACGAAGAAAAUGGAUUGAAAAUAGAGCAACAAUUCUUUUUAAUUAUUCACAGUACAGCUAUUAUGGCAAAUCAAGUGCGAUACUGGUUUUUGAAAUGGCUUGGAAUAUGUCGAAAGAUAAUCUAGAUAUGGCAUGGUGGGCCAUAGUUGGUUCAACGGAACAGUCUAUCCUUAGUAAGGUAGAGUCACGAAUCACUGUUCUUGAAGAGGGUUCUCUUCAAGCUCAUGUUUCAAGGCUAACACGUAGACAAGGCGCUGAUAUUAACAAACAACAGCAGCAGAGUAUUGUUAAAGUUACUUACGACAAAGAUCUCCAACUAGCGCUGUAUCGUCAUUGGACUGUUGAAGCUAGCUUAAAAUAUUCAAUGCCAACUGCAGUGUCGUUACGUCUUUGGUCGAUUAGAGGGGAACAGCGUUUGAGAGAAGUUUUAGCUGAAAUGGGUUUGCCUUUAGUGCAAUCUAGACAAUUGUUUCGUGCAAUGGAUCUUACUUUUAGACAGGAGUUUAAGCAGAUGGUCGAAAAAUUGGCCGGCAAAUAUAACGUAAAUAGUAUCAUUGGCAGUAGUUUUACCCUUCAAUAUGGCUAUCGUUUCAAAUAUUCUGCCUCGGACAUGGUAUAUGCGAUGUUAGCUUUACUGGAUUCCACGACGAAGGACAGACAACCACAACGUUGUUUCUUAGAUACACUGGACUGUCUGUCGCGUACUAAUAAGGAUACUGUAGAGGAUGGUAUAGAGAAAGCAAAACUGAUGCUUCAUAAUAUCUUUAAAACUGCGCAGAGCAUACUGGAGGCUAAGCAAGUACAGAACUUCGGUUCCUUUUUGUAUCUUAAUGUACCAGACAGGAAUAUAGACACUUAUUUAUUCGCACAUCCCCAUCCUCUGAUCAUGUUGGCUCAAUUUGCUCUCAAGGCAUAUGUAAAUUGUUCGAGAAACAGACACGCGCCCGAAUGGCCCCUCGUGGCUUCCGCAAUGUUCAAUGCGGAAGAAGGUUCGUGUCUCCUUGUCGGUAUACCGCCAGUUUGCGAAGAUCAACCCAAGAGUUUAUUUGGGAGAGCGUUUGAGCAAGCCGCAAAAAAUAAAAAUUGUUACAUAGAGGCAGAUUACUUCGAUAGUACAAUAAUAAGACUGAAAGUCGAGGAAAGGACCAAGUUUCUUGAUGCUCUAGCUGCACUCCUUGCGUGAUGAACGUCAUAAACAUACACACAAUCAUUUAAAAGGAAACGUUGCGACAGUCUCAUUAAUCACAUUUUUAGCUAGCGCGACUAUUAAUACAAUCCAAUGCAACUUUAUUGCUCAUGACAUACGGUGCCUUUUUUUAAAAAAAAUGCAACUUCUGUACAUUUUUUAAUUAGCGACGUAAUAGCUUUAUAAUUGUAAAAUAUUUAAUAUAUAACUAUAAGAUCGAUAUACGUGAAUCUGCGAUUUCGUAGGUAGGAAUAUAAUAUGUUGUAUAGGGAAGGCUUAUAAUAAGGUAUACAAAACAGUAAGAUAAGGUAUAAAAAGAUCACUUUUGUUCCAGCAACAUUUAGAUUAGUAAUUUAAGAGAGAUAUGAUAGAUUAAGUAAUUUUAUAGAAAUGAACUCAACGAAAACCGAUAAAAAGAGAUAUUAAUAAAAUCAUUAUAUUUGCGCUACUUGACA